GAGGGAAGCGGGGUCAUGGCUGCGCUGUUCCCGGCGAAGGGAGCGGGGGGAGGCGAGGGAGGAGGCGACCCCAGCUCCGGCGACGAAGAAGACAGGGCUCCGCCCGUGGCCGUGGGGUUGGGAGACUCUCCGGGCCCCGGUUCCGACUCGGACAGCCGUUCGUCGUCGCCGGUGCCGCCGCCGAGCUUGACGGAGCAGUUCGAGAGGGCGGCGCAACGCGUGGCGGCGCUGGUGGCGGCGGCCAGCAAAGAGCAGCUGCUCUACCUGUACGCGCGCUACAAGCAGGUCAAAUGUGGUACCUGCAACACUCCCAAACCUGGUUUUUUUGACUUUGAAGGAAAGCAGAAAUGGGAAGCUUGGAAAGCGUUGGGUGAUACAAGCUCUGAGCAGGCAAUGCGAGAUUAUGUUGCUACUGUGAAGAAAUUGGACCCCACUUGGAAUCCACAGAUAGCAGAAAAGAAAGGAAAGGAAGGAAAAGCUGGGUUUGGAGGCCCAGUUGUCAGCUCACUGUAUCAAGAAGAAACCAUCAGGGAGGAAGAUAAGAACAUAUUUGACUACUGCAGAGAAAACAACAUUGACCAUGUAACCAAAGCCAUCCGAUCAAAAAAAGUGGAUGUGAAUAUGAAAGAUGAGAAGGGCAGAGCUCUGCUGCACUGGGCAUGUGACAGAGGACAUAAGGAACUAGCCUCAGUACUGCUGCAACACACAGCGGAUGUUAACAGCCAGGAUGAUGAAGGCCAAACAGCAUUGCAUUAUGCCUCUACCUGCGAAUUUUCUGACAUUGUGGAACUACUGCUGAAAUCUGGAGCUGACCCUACUCUUCGGGAUACAGAGGGUUACUUGCCAGAGGAGGUGACGGACUGUAGAGUAAUCACCUCCAUGCUGCAGGAGCACACAGCUGGCAAAGGAUAACCAAAAGGCCAAGGAAGGUGCAGAUAGCCCCAAACCAGGGCUCUCAGCAUGACCAAAAACAGCAAUACACUCAUCCUUCUCCCACAUAAUUGGUAUGCAUGAUAUAUGGAGAAUGGGACCUGUUGGGUGAAGGGGCUUACUCUGGAUAUAUAUUUCUAGGCGGAGAAAAUAAAAUAUUCGAAUGUGGACAGUGCAGCACAGACCUGCAUAUCUUGUGACCCACCAGGUGAAAAAUAGCCCCAGCCUUAGGUUGUGACUGACAUCCCCUCUGUUUUUGCAGCACCAAGAUGAACCAAAAUAGAUUUAUUGAGCUUCUGGUAUCCCAUCAAACAUGGCUGGUGAGAUGUGUUCAGUUUGGUGGAUCACAUGUUGUGUAGUCCUAAUACAGCAUGAGGCUCAUUUUGCAUGCAGUACGGUUUUAUCAGGACUAGAGGCUGAGGAAAGGAAUAUAGGCUGCAAUCCUGUGUGCCUAUUCAAGAGUAAGCCCUGUGGAACUCUAGACUUGCUUAAGAUUGGGUUGUAAGGCUAGAUUAUCUUUUGCAAGGUAGAAGUUACUGGUAAGAAAGGAAAAUGUACCUGGUGGGCAGCGGGAGGGGACAGGUGAGCCAGUUCACAAAGCUUGCUCUAGCAAAAUCCACGUAUUAGUAAAAGAGAGUAUUGUCACUAUCAUUACUACUUUGAAUUUGGCAAUGGAAGCACUGGAGUUCUCCAAGAUGCAAGAAUAGAUGGCUUUUCUACUAGCUCCUGAAGAUCAAAAUGGCAAAACAGGGAGGCUGAACUGUUGCUGUGUUAAUCAAUCAACUAUGAGAACUGAUGUCCUUUCUGUGUGUCCCUCUGUCUCUGUUGUAAAAUACUGUCUUGCACGAUAAAAUACGUCAAAGAAUUGUU